GCCGGAGGAGCCCUACAGAAGAAGCUAGUAUGUCAUCCACACAGAGAAACCCGAAAUUCCUCAUUACUGUGUCUUUCCUCCUUGUCUUCCUAGAACCCACAACAACGUGUGAAUCACCUCGAAGCCUGGCUAAAUAUCUCAUUAGCCAAAAGUUGUUCAGUGCACCACAAGAUCUGGACUGUGUUACUGCUCUGAACCUCACCUCCAUCCAGUAUGAGACACUGUCUGUUGACACUGAAACUAUGGCGUUCUCUAGCCGCAUUAAAAUUGCCAUGACAUGGAUUGACCCUGGCCUUUCAUGGAAACUGGCAAAUUACACAUUUGACAAAAUCAUUUUGCCUGUUAGCAAAAUAUGGACUCCUGAUCUCACUGUGGUGAAUGCAAUAUAUGUGAAGGUAAAACCUGUUACUAACGACGUAGUGGUGAAAUAUGAUGGCACUGUGAACUACGCCAUUGUCAUGUACACCACGGUCAUUUGCAAAUUCAACCUUCUCACCUACCCUUUUGUUAAAGGCUCAUGUCCUGUAGCCAUCAACGGAUGGAACCAAAGCUCUUGUGGGCUGAAUAUCCAGUAUGGCUCAGUAUCUACUGUAGGAGGUGAAGGAGCUGAAUGGAGCACUUUGUCAGUGAACCUGACAACGGACAAUACAAACAACCACAACUAUAUCUAUGUCACUAUGUCCAGCAACCCCUUUAAAGCAAUGGUGUCACUGGUCCUGCCAAGCGCACUAAUCAUGAUAGCUGAUCUAGUGAGUUUUGCUUUGCCACUGGAUGGGGGAAAGCGCAGCUCUUUCAAAAUCACACUGGUGCUCAGCUUCACCAUGUUCCUCGUUAUCCUCACUGAUAACCUUCCUAGCAGUGGACCAUGCAGCCCUCUGUUGCGUUAUCACUUCUGCUUCUGCUUGUUUGUUCUUGUGCUGAGUAUGCUGAUAUCCAUGGUGUUCACCAAGGUGGCAUCAGAUGGCAACAUUCUGUGUUCCAGACUUCCAAAGCUGAGUAAACCAGAUGAAACUGGAACACAAUUAGCCGACAUGAUUGUAGAUGGGCAAGCUAUCAAGAAGAUUGUGAAUUUUGUGGAAAAAAUGGAUAAAAAGGACAGCGAGAUGAAGAAAAAGCAAAUGUUGGCAAACAAACUGGACAAAGCCUGUUUUUGGGGAUAUUUGCUCCUCGAUGUCAUUUACAGUGUUUGUGUGAUUGCUUUUACCAAAACAGAUUCUUGUGAGGCUAACAAUUUCGAUUUCUGGUAACAGUUAUUCAUUCUUCCUUUUCUUUUUUUAGCCUAAUGAACUAUUAUCUUUUAUAUGCACUCUCAGCGUGUACGUAUAUGUGCACAUAGAUCCAAAGCAAGGAGUUAAUGCAUUGUCAGUACAAUACUGUGUUUCUGGUAAAGAAAAUUAAAAUAGUAAAGCAUAAAUAAACCAUGCUCUCUAAAGUGUACUUUGAU